AUAAAAACAACACCUUGCAAGUCAAAUUAAAAACAAUGAGCUCUAAUCACCGCCCACUUGAUGAAUCGGACAUUUUGCUCAUCCGUACCAUUCGCGACACACCUUCGCUUUACGAUCCCCAGCUACCGUCCUUUCGGCUCUCGCAGCGAAAGGAGGAGGACUGGGCGAAGGUGGCCGAAGUGCUUAACAUCUCCAUAAUGGAUGCCCGGAGACGUUGGACAUGUCUGCGGGACCGAUACUCUCGGGAGCUAAAGCAAAAGCGUCUUCACCCAAGUGGCGAAUUCGGACACAACGACUUCUUUCGGAAGAUGGAUUUCCUACGCUCCUUCGUGCGAAAGCGACGCGAGAGGCGAGGGCGAGAUAGAGAACGUGAUCCCAAACCACAUGUAUACGCCAAGACCCGACGGCGGCGGGUUUGGAUUUCAUCCGUUGGCAUGCCUUUGGAAAAUGAUCCUAUAAUCGAGGAGCCGAGCUCCCAAGAGUUCGAUGAACAGCAAUAUGAUGCAAAGCUAGAAGUGCAAACAACGCAAUCUGAGACCUACUCUGUUCUCGUAGAAGCAGACGAGGGUCAAGAGCCUGACCAGGAAAGUUUCAAGGAGUUCCUCGACACAGAAUCAGAGCACAAGUCUAUGCAAUCCCACACUGUGGUCAUACACCCGGAGCCAGCCACUAUGAAAGGGUCUUCGCCUGCGGUUGAAGCAGUAGAUCCAGCCCAUGGCGAUGUGAACUACGUAGUUUGCAUGCCAAAUCAGGAAAGAGAGCAGUUUACCACAGAAUCUGUUACUCCUGUAGCCCCGGCGACAGUACAGACUUUCUCAGAAACUGCAGAUGACUUCUUUUGUAAGUCAAUUGCAGCCUAUUUGCGACAGCUUUCGCGAGUUCACAAGAUCAAGGCCAAGGUGGAAAUGUACCAAAUCCUCGAGAAGUACAUACUUCUUGAGGAAAGCGGGAGGGCGGGGUCAGGCUGAACAGGUGGCUACGCUUAUACAUAUGUAGCUGCUGGUGUAUAUAGUUUUUAACAUAGAUUUUAAUGCAGUACAAAUAUACAAAGUGACAAAAACUU